CUCCCUCCCAUUUCUAGCCUCCAUUCACAUCACAGCCUUGCCAACAACCCCCGUCCUCCACUUGCCCUUCCCUCGCCAGCAGUCUUCCCGGCCGCGGCCAUUGCCAAUUGCCCACAUCCGCAUCCCGCAUCCAGUCGGGUCAACUGCGAGGGCGAGCCAUUUGAAAGGGGAGGAGUAGCAGACUCCGGAGGCGGAGAUGACGCUGUUGUGCGUGCCGCUGGUGGGGCGGACGGUGGAGGAGAUGAUUGCCGACGCGGCGGCCGCCGCAGCCACCGGCGGCGACAUGGUCGAGAUCCGGCUCGACUUCAUCCAGGGGUUCCGCCCGCGCGAGCACCUACCGCCCCUGUUCCGCAGCUGCCCGCUCCCGGCCCUCGUCACCUACCGACCUGUCUGGGAAGGAGGCCAAUAUGAAGGUGAUGACACCACAAGAUUUGAGACACUACGUUUAGCAAUGGAAUUAGGUGUAGACUAUGUUGAUAUUGAAUUGAAGGUUGCAGACAAAUUUAUGAGCUUUAUUUCUGGCCAUAAGCCAGAGAAAUGUAAACUUAUUGUUUCUUCACAUAAUUAUGAAUAUACUCCAUCCUGUGAGGAAAUUACAAAUCUUGUUGCUAGAAUACAAGCAGUUGGAGCUGACAUAGUGAAAGUUGCAACAACCGCUAAGGACAUUGUCGAUGUAUCACGGAUGUUCCAAGUGAUGGUACACUGCCAAGUGCCUAUGAUUGGACUCGUAAUGAGUGAAAGAGGUUUAAUGUCAAGAGUGUUAGCACCCAAGUUUGGUGGAUAUCUUACAUUUGGGAUACUGAAUGCUACAAAGACAUCAGCUUCUGGACAACCAACAGUUGAGGACUUACUGAACAUUUACAACAUAAAAUGUAUUGGGCCUGAUACAAAGGUUCUUGGUCUUAUAGCCAACCCAGUAAAGCAGAGCAAGAGCCCAAUUUUGCACAAUAAAUGUCUUCAAUCCAUUGGAUAUAAUGCGGUUUACCUUCCACUUCUUGGAGACAAUCUUGCUAGUUUUCUUGAGACAUAUUCAUCUCCUGACUUCUCAGGAUUUAGUUGCUCACUUCCUUUCAAAGUAGAUGCUGUACAGUGUUGUGAUGAACAUGACCCGGUUGCUAAGUCAAUAGGAGCAAUAAACACCAUAAUUAGAAGACCAGAUGGCAAAUUAGUGGGGUACAAUACGGACUACAUUGGAGCGAUAUCUGCUAUUGAGGAUGGCAUUGGAGGUCCAGGAUCAAAGGAUGCUGCCAGCUCACCGUUGGCUGGUAGACUUGUUGUUGUUGUAGGUGCUGGGGGUGCUGGUAAGGCAAUUGCUUAUGGGGCAAAGGAAAAGGGUGCGAGGGUAGUUAUAGCAAAUCGCACCUAUGAGAAGGCUGUAAGUCUUGCCAACGCAAUUGGUGGUCAGGCGCUGAGAUUAGAAGACCUGGAAACUUUCAGACCUGAAGAAGGGAUGAUCCUUGCUAAUGCAACAUCAUUGGGAAUGUACCCAAAUGUUGAUGGUACUCCUAUUCCGAAGAAAGCUCUGGGUUUCUAUGAUGUAGUAUUUGAUGCCGUAUAUGCCCCUAAAGUUACAAGGCUUCUUCGAGAAGCAGAAGAAUGUGGAGUUAAAGUUGUUAGUGGUGUGGAAAUGUUUAUUAGACAAGCCAUGGGUCAAUUUGAGCGUUUCACCGGUGGUAUAGAAGCUCCGGAAUGCCUUAUGCGUGAGAUAGCAGCAAAAUACACCUAGCAGGCUAAUGGCGAAAACCCGUCUCUGAUGAAUAUUUGCCCAAAGAUUUUGUCGGGGCUGAGUGAAUAAAAGUUUUGGAUACCUGCCCUGUUUUGCAGUUACCGAGGUUUGCUGUUGUAUUGUUAUAUUUUUUUAGACGACUUGUCACCUGCACAAUAUAAGAUUACGUUGUCAUGCUAUAUAGUGUUCUUGUACUUGCAAUAGAAGUGUUGCAAGAAUAAAGAGUCAGCUUAGAACCCAACGUAUGAUGACCAAGGGAGAAAAUAUGCAUCAAAUAAAAAUUCAGUUGACAGUUGGUUCUGCGGAUCAUGUAAGAGCUACAACUGUUGACUGACAUGCCCAAUAUGGCAUUCCUGGCGGUUUGUCCUGCAUAAUUUCAUUGUAAGGUUGGGAUGAUAUAUUUUUUUGGUAAAGGGAAAAUUUAUUGAUUUCUAA